AUGUCAAGCGGAGAUAUUGAUCUUGAAGCUGUAUUAAAUGUUCGCCGUCGUACUCUAUCUGGUGUUACUGAACCAAUUUUCAUUCAACAUCGUAACACGGAUGCAAUCUAUAUUAAACGAAUCGACGAUGAUCCAAAUAUUCUUAGUAUAAAAUCGCGUAUUAUACUAUUUGGGGAAUUAAAUAUUUUACGCACAAUGUUUGAACGCUAUACAUCCUUGAUUCGUAUUACUGACGAACAUCGACGAAAUUCAUCUGCGGCUAGUGGAUUUGCCGCAACUCAAGAAGUUGAUGAAGAAGAAGAGAAUGAAGAUCAAUCGUCACCAAAUCUCCAACCGAUUAUUUCAACAUUGAAAGAAACAUACAUUAGAAAAGAAUCACUACCAAUGUAUUCACCAUCACCUCCAACAAGUACAGGUUUAUAUGAACGUUUUCCAUCCGCCGAUUAUGUUGAUCAAUUGCAAGGAAAACGUUAUGGAAACAUCGAAUUGCCAACAAUGCAGCUUAUGGAAAUAUUGGAAAUUUUAUUAAAAAAUCGGUUUGAAAUUACAUACGUAUCAAGCGAUUAUUAUGAGAAUGUCUUACAUCAAAAUAUUGUGUUUUCAAAAAGUCGUGAAACAUUUCUGAGAGGAUCACAAUGGUUACACCGAACAACUUCAUCACAGUCAUAA